GUCGGAGAAAAUGGAACGAGUCUUUUAGGAAGUGAUAUAAAUGAUGAAAUAGAACCAAUUAUUGCCAUUAUGCGUGAGGUUGCCACUGACAGUAGUCGUAGUGAAGCUGCUCGAGUUCACUGCAUUGAAGCUGUCGCUCUUUGCUCAUACUUAUCAGUAACUAGCUCAGACUCAUUGUAUGAUACACUGAAUAGCCUAAGAGGCGUGUGGAUGGGAAUUAAAGUGAACUCGACAUCUACUAGAAUUUUCAGUAGCGCUGUUGCCGGAUGGGCCCUGCUUGUAUGUCAGGUAAAAGCUUUGAUUACCCUGUCUUUCAGUAGGGUGAAUGUGCGCAUGUCAGCUGCUGAAGCACUCGGUGUGCUCCAUGAAGCAGCAGCCGCUGCUUUUGGUCAGGAUUACCGUUUUCCUAAUCACGCUCAUAUGCUUGACAUGUUAGAAGGUUUGAUCACAGACUCUUUAAAAUACCGUGCCAAAAAAGACCGUCGUACUCAACGCUACACCAUCCGCCAUGAUCAAGAAAUACCAACUGUAAACGUGAAAUUUGGUAGUGAAGUCUUGAGUUUGGAAACCUGUGGAGAGAAGCUGCUUUACUCUUUAAUACGGGAUGUCUUAGGAGGAAAUCUGAACACCCAUCUGAGAACAAACCCGUUGAUCCGCGAGCUUUUCGGCUUAGGACCCGUGAGGGAAGAAGUUCCCGUUCGGAUACCGAAGUUGCAGAGGCUUGCGAUACAGAAUGCGGUGAAUAAAGAAAGGGAUAUCAAACGUAACAAGCAGCGAGAUAAGCGGUCUUGCUAA